CUUUCGAAACUCCCAUAACAACACUACCAACCAUCUCCUCAUCUCUCUCUCUCUUUUUCUCUCUCUUCUCUCUCUCUCUCUCCCCCUGUGUUUCUCUCUCAUUUUCGGUGACCCCUUUCUCCUUCAUUUCUCACUGGGGUCGCCAAUUCCUCCUCCUCCAAAAGGAAAAACGUUUCUUUUUGAAACUCAAUUUUCAAUUUUGUUGGUCUAAAAUUUAGUAAUAAAUUCAGUCCUUAUUGAUACAAUAAUAACGAUAAUCGGAGCGGGGAGCCAUGUCUGAGAUAGCAAACACAGAUCCAGAAGGAAUUGAUGGAGUCCGUAUGUCAUGGAAUGUAUGGCCACGCACCAAAGUUGAAGCAAGUAAGUGCGUGAUCCCACUCGCCGCCUCGAUCUCUCCGAUCCGCCACCACCCUGACAUUCCUACCCUUCCUUACUCUCCUCUCCGUUGUAAAACAUGUUCAUCUAUUCUCAAUUGCUUCGCGCGUGUCGAUUUCACCGCCAAGAUCUGGAUCUGUCCCUUCUGUUUCCAGCGUAACCACUUCCCGCCUCACUAUUCCAUGAUCUCAGAAACCAAUCUCCCUGCCGAGCUCUAUCCUCAAUACACCACCGUGCAGUACACGCUCCCAAACCCUAACAGUAUUAAUAAUAAUAAUAAUAAUCCAGCUCCAGCUGCACCUGCACCUGUUUUUUUGUUCGUGUUGGACAUGUGUAUGAUUGAGGAAGAGUUUGGAUUUGUGAAAUCUGCAAUGAAACGCGCGAUCGGUUUGUUGCCAGAAAACGCGCUGGUUGGGUUUGUGUCUUAUGGGACACAGGCGCAGGUGCAUGAAUUGGGAUUUAAUGAUAUGUCAAAGGUUUAUGUUUUUAGAGGUACUAAAGAGAUUUCCAAAGACCAGAUUAUAGAACAAUUAGGACUUGGUGGUGUUUCGGGUCGGAGAACUGCUGGACCUGUUGGUGUUGGCGGAUAUCCACAAAAAGGAGUGCAAAAUGGGUUUUCUAAUACGGGUGUUACCCGGUUCUUGUUGCCUGCUUCCGAGUGUGAAUAUACCCUUAAUUCUCUUUUGGAUGAGUUGCAAACGGAUCAAUGGCCAGUUGCGCAUGGGACUCGUGCCUCGAGGUGUACAGGAGUGGCAUUGAGUGUGGCUGCUGGAUUGCUUGGUGCUUGCCUGCCUGGGACGGGCGCAAGGAUCAUUGCUUUGGUCGGUGGUCCUUGUACAGAAGGGCCUGGCACGAUUGUUUCGAAAGAUCUAUCAGAUCCAGUGCGUUCCCAUAAGGAUCUUGACAAGGAUGCAGCGCCGUAUUUUAAGAAAGCAGUCAAAUUUUAUGAUAAUCUUGCAAAGCAGCUUGUUAGCCAGGGUCAUGUUUUAGAUCUUUUUGCAUCUGCACUUGAUCAGGUUGGGGUUGCUGAAAUGAAAGUUGCAGUGGAAAGGACUGGUGGUCUUGUUGUUCUAGCUGAAAGUUUUGGGCAUUCUGUAUUUAAGGACUCUUUUAAGCGAAUUUUUGAAGAUGGAGAACAGUCUCUUGGUCUCUGUUUCAAUGGAAUGCUCGAGAUUAAUUGUUCCAAGGAUGUUAAAAUUCAGGGGAUCCUUGGACCCUGCACAUCUAUGGAGAAGAAAGGUCCUAAUGUUGCUGAUACAGUUGUGGGGGAGGGAAAUACUACUGCUUGGAAAAUGUGUGGUCUUGACAAGAGUACUUGUCUCACAGUCUAUUUUGAUCUUUCAUCAAGUGAAAAGUCAAAUGCUCCGGGAGCUAUAAACCCACAGCUAUACAUUCAGUUCCUUACUAGUUAUCAGAACCCAGAAGGUCAUAUAUUGCUUCGGGUUACAACUAUUACUAGAAGAUGGAUAGAUAGUGCUGUUAGCUCAGAGGAAUUAGUACAAGGUUUUGACCAAGAGACUGCUGCUGUAGUAAUGGCAAGAUUGACAUCCCAUAAAAUGGAGAUUGAGGAAGGAUUUGAUGCCACUAGGUGGUUGGACCGGAACCUCAUUCGCCUCUGUUCCAAAUUUGGCGACUAUCGGAAAGAUGAUCCCUCAUCCUUUACAUUGAACCCUUGUUUUUCAUUGUUCCCUCAGUUUAUGUUUAAUCUGCGAAGGUCACAAUUUGUACAGGUCUUUAACAACAGUCCAGAUGAGACAGCUUAUUUCCGCAUGUUGUUGAACCGUGAAAACAUCACCAAUGCUGCUGUCAUGAUUCAACCAUCACUAAUAUCAUAUUCGUUUAACUCACUGCCUCAACCUGCACUGUUGGAUGUGGCUUCUAUUGCCGCAGACCGUAUUCUCUUGCUGGAUUCAUAUUUUAGUGUGGUUAUUUUCCAUGGAAUGACAAUAGCACAGUGGCGUAACAUGGGUUACCAAAAUCAGCCAGAACAUCAGGCAUUUGCACAGUUAUUGCAUGCACCACAAGAUGAUGCACGUUUGAUUAUUCGGGAUCGUUUCCCAGUCCCUAGAUUGGUGGUAUGUGAUCAGCAUGGAUCUCAGGCAAGGUUUCUAUUGGCAAAGUUGAAUCCAUCCGCCACAUACAAUAAUGCCCAUGAAAUGGCAGCGGGUUCGGAUGUGAUAUUCACAGAUGACGUGAGCCUUCAAGUCUUCUUCGAGCAUCUUCAGAGGCUAGCUGUUCAGUCUUAGCAGUAAACUCCUGUUAGUAGGUUUUCUAGUGGCGAGGGGGGAAAUUCCCCCAAAGUGUGAGUUUUGUAUCCUCUCUUUAAUCCUUCAGUUCCAUUCUGUUGUCUUCCUUUCUUUCUAUUGUUCGGAAAAAAGGUAUAGUGGUCAAGCCCCGCAUUGUUUGAAAAUAAGGAGAGAGAGCAGCAAGCACAUGUCAAUUCUUUCAGGGGGCUGGGGAGGCAUUUGCUCCCUUGAAACAAUAAGGGACACAAAGGUUAGUGGAAGGUAGUGUUAAAAAUACGGAAAGAAAGGGUAAUCAGGAAUGGGAGGUAGAGGGAUCCCUGCUGCCCAUAGUGGGGGCUGAGUUGGCAACAACAUAUUUUGACAGAUGAUUUUAAUUAAUCCUUUUUGUAUUCUCAGCUGGGUCAGAUGUGUUUUAUGUAUCGGAAUUAUUAUUUUUAUUAUUUUUUUUUCUUAAGUUAAUACACAGAAUGGGGUCAUGCUUCUUAGGUUUAUAAAAAGUUCAGUCAUUUUGAACUA